AUGGCUUCCUACUACCAGACGGGACCACCGGCGCCGGCGCCGCCCCAGCAGCAGCAGCAGACCAUCCCCACGGUGACGCCCUCGACGCCCAUCUCCAUCACCAUCUGCGGCGACGGCGGGUGCGGCAAGUCGUCCAUCACGCUCCGUCUCGUGCGCUCGCAGUGGACGUCCGAGUACGACCCGACCAUUGAGGACAGCUACUCGGUGACGCGGCGCAUCGACGGCAGCACCUACACGCUCUCGCUGACGGACACGGCCGGGCAGGAGGAGUACCGCGGCAUGUGGGCGAGCUCGAACCUGGGCGCCGACGCGUUCCUGCUCGUGUACGACAUCACCGGGCGCGACUCGCUCGACGCGCUGACGUACUUUAACGACCUCAUCGACAUGGAGGCGGAGACGCGGCUGGACAAUGCGGAGCGGGCGCGGCGCGCGGGCCUGGGCACGGGGGCGGAUGCGCGGCCCGGCGCCGUGCGCAUGGUGCCGCCCGUCAAGAUUGUCGCCGGCAACAAGUGCGAUUUGCAGGAGAGCCGCCAGGUGCCGGCCGCGGUCGGGCUCGACUGGGCGCGCCGCCGCGGGUGCGGCUUCAUGGAGACGAGCGCCCGCCUCGAGGUCAAUAUCGAGGAGACGUUUGCGCUGCUGGUCCGCCGCGUCAUGGAGCGCAGGAGGCUCGCGCAGAUGGGCAUCAUGGACAAUACAGAGUUGAAUGCGCGCGGCAUGACGAAGCCCCUGACACCGCUGCCGCGGGAAGACGGCAGUGGCGGCGGUGGUGGUGCAGCGACGGGCGCGGAGAAGCGUGGGAUGGGAGGGCCGCGCAUCACGGGCGAGCGGUUUGGACGCGGCAAGGGCGGGUUCUGGAAGAGGCUGCGCUGCUGGUAG